CUGUUUAGUACAACGCUUGUAGCGACAGCUGUUUAACGAGACAAGAGCGCACACUACUUCAUCGCGCCGCGUUGCAUCGCGUCGCUAGUAGGGGUAGAUGGGUGUAGUGGGUGUGUUCAUUCCCUGCAUUCAGUGCGACAUUUCUCGCUAACAGUUUAAGAUGGCGACCGUGCAUUUAAGGAUCGGGGAUCUGGUUUGGGGUAAACUUGGACGCUAUCCACCUUGGCCAGGAAAGGUCGUCAGUCCUCCGAAGGAUCUGAAAAAGCCACGAGGCAAAAAAUGUUUCUUUGUCAAGUUUUUUGGAACUGAAGAUCACGCCUGGAUAAAGGUGGAGCAGCUGAAGCCUUACCACCCCCACAAAGAGGAGAUGAUCAAGAUCAACAAAGGCAAGCGCUUCCAGCAGGCUGUUGAUGCAGUUGAGGAGUACCUAAAGAAGGCCAAGGGGAAAGAUCAGACACACUCUGAUGACAAAAGCAAGUCAGAUAAAGGGCGUAAAGCAGCGAAACCAAUGAAGAUCAUUGAAGAAGAUGAUGAAGAUGCCUUCAAGGGUGGCUCGUCAGACAAGGAACAGACUGAUUCUGACCCAGAGCCAUCCUCUGUACGACGGCUGGUCGCUGGAACAGUGUCAGGAUUCAAAUGGGAGAGCAGUCCAGCUUCAUCAAUGGAGCCCAUCACCAAACGCUUAAAGAUAGUCGAGGAGGACACAGGAUCAACGUCUAUUCAAGCAGCAGACAGCACAGCCAUCAACGGCAGCAUCACACCUACAGACAAAAGGAUAGGGUUCCUUGGACUAGGACUGAUGGGAAGUGGUGUGGUUUCUAAUUUGUUGAAGAUGGGGCAUGUUGUGACUGUUUGGAAUCGCACAGCAGAAAAGUGUGAUUUGUUCAUCCAAGAAGGUGCCAGAUUGGGACGAACACCCGCAGAAGUUGUGUCCCUGUGCGAUAUCACAUUUUCCUGUGUAUCAGACCCUAAAGCUGCCAGAGAUCUUGUGUUAGGUCCUAGUGGAGUCCUACAGGGAAUCAGGCCAGGCAAAUGUUACGUGGAGAUGUCAACUGUUGACCCAGAAACCACCACAGAGCUCGCACAGGUCAUCACAUCCAGAGGCGGCAGAUUCCUAGAAGCUCCGGUUUCGGGGAGCCAGCAGCUUUCCAAUGAUGGUAUGCUGGUCAUUGUUGCUGCAGGAGACCGCAGUGUUUAUGAAGACUGUAGCAGCUGCUUCCAGGCAAUGGGGAAGACGUCUUUCUUCAUAGCAGGGGAAGCAGGAAAUGCUGCACGAAUGAUGCUGAUUCUUAACAUGGUUCAAGGCAGUUUCAUGGCAACCAUUGCAGAGGGAUUGACCUUGGCGCAGGCCACGGGACAGUCGCAGCAAACAUUCUUGGAUAUUCUCUGCCAAGGACAAAUGGCAAGCACGUUUGUGGACCAGAAAUGCCAGAAUAUCUUGCAGGGCAACUUUAAACCCGAUUACUACCUGAAGCAUAUUCAGAAAGAUCUGAGAUUAGCCAUUUCCAUGGGAGAUUCGGUUAAUCAUCCAACACCAAUGGCAGCUGCUGCAAAUGAGGUGUACAAGAGAGCUAAAGCAUUGGACCAGUCGGACAAUGACAUGUCUGCAGUCUACAGAGCUUAUAUUCACUAAUCCUGUAGAUGUGCUUCACGUUCUGGACCACAAACCUCACCUUCUUUGUUCCUCUCCCUCUGUCUUUCUCUCCUCUGCUGAUGAAUUUUGUUGGGCACCAGUGAUAUGUUUUCCCAUGUGUAAUGGGAUCUAUUUAGCGGCCUAAUCUGAGCAUUGCAAUCACUGUAAUAUUGCUGCACCGAUUCUCAGUGGGAGGUUAUUAAACUCCCUGCAAAUGAUUAUUUUAUGAUUGAAGGUGCAGUGUAUUAUAUCCGCAUUUCGUUAAGGCUACUGUUGUUUAAAGAUCCUAGGGUUUUUAUUCAUCAUUCAUAUCUUUACAAAUGAAUUCCCACAUUACAGAUUUCUGGACAUCGGAAAUUACAAAGUAUGAACUUUUGAUCACAAACAGGCUUGAGGAGCACGACGAAGAAAAAAAGCCACUGCAUUGCCUUAAUACCCAUAUAUGAUAGAUGUAUUUAUUUAUUUUGUCUCUAAAGAUUACCAUCAUGUCAGGUGCAAUUUGGCCGUACAAUUUUUAUAAUUUUUUUUUUUUCACUCAGCAUUGGAGGUCACCUGUUCAGUUCAGUUCAAUUUAGUUUUUAUUGCCUUAUAAGAAAUUCAGUAUUUUUUUUUUAUAUUAUUUGAAAUUGGCUGUAAUAAUCACACAGAAGAUCCUGAAAUUAUUCAUCGUUUCCAAGUAACCUAAUGCUGAAAAGCAUCCAGUAGUUUUUCCAGUAUUGAGUCUUUAUCACUUUUGCAGUGGAACUUCCUGUUUUCCAGCUUGACUACUUUAGGAUCACAUUAGUGUAUUUUCAUUUUAAGUUGUUUUAUUUGUUUUGCUUUAUUUGGAAAUGUUUUAAUUGGACUUACAUUUUGUCCAAAUCAGUUGGCUGACAGAGUAAUCUGUUGCUCCAUUAAUUUUUUUUUUUUUUUUUUUUUUUUUUUUUUUUUUGCCUAAUUGGUUAAAAUAACUAUAUAGUUUUUAUUUGAAUUACCAUUGUAACUCAUGGAAAAAAAAUAAAAAUGUAAAACAAGGCCAAACUAACAUUAUGCUGCAUUUUAUCCCUAAAUUAUGAUUGCAUUUUUAGUGAUAUUGCAAGCCAUGAAUUCAGUGGAUUAUAAUUUGGUAAUUUUGAAAAAAAAAAAAAAAAUUCUCAGAACAAAUACAGGGUGAUUCAUUUUCUAUAAAUUGUUGUUCUGACAAAAAUAAAAAAAUAAAUUGCUUGGUUCUGGAUGAAAAUGUUGUGAUUUACUAAGAUUAAGACGUUGUGUAUAUAUCCCCAUUAAAGGGUUGGGUAAUUUGAAUACAUGGGAUAACAUGCUUUGUUUGACUCUACUGAAUUUAUUAAUCAUCUGUUGUCUUAAUAUUGUAGACUGUUCUUUUGUCUUAGAGAAUGGGUUUAUUUACUGUAAAUGGUUUGAUUUUUUUUUUUGUGGCUUAAACUAAGUUGGUAAUGACACCAGUUGUGCAAGAAAGGUGUCUGUGUUCAAAUUGGAGCUAUUUAUAAUUUCAUGUAAAUGUGAAAUUUAUUUUCUUUUUUUGUUUGUGCGGUCAACUGAACCCUCUGAAUAAACAAACCGAAUGUCCAGCUGGUUA